AUGUUUUGCAAUUACAAUCCCUUCAUUUACUGCUAUCUAAACAAUAGCUUCAAAAACGGUGCGAAAAAAUUUUAUCACUUUAUUCUGUGCCACAAACGGAGCGCUCAGGAGUUGGCCAAUGGAGGCACCGGUGGUGGCCGACAGAGUGGCCGACACGCGACCGGCGCUGUCGACAGGAGUCCCAGCAUUGGAGUCGAUAGCAAAACAAAACUCACUAAUAUUGACACAACUAAGUGCUUGAAUUGAUUAAUUCAUUUGUGAACAAUUGGAUGCCAUAUACUGUACAUUGAAUUU